AACGAGGUUGGGUAUCGUAACCUUGUUCAAGAUGUUUCCUGUUGUGUGAGUAAGUCACGUCGCUGCACCGCCUCACGAACAUCCAUCCGUCACCCGUUGUCCGAUCUUCAAUCCAGGACUGAACUCACUUCUUCCACUUCAUCCGGCCAAAACUAUGGGGGUACCCUAUGAAUCUGCGCAUUCUCCUCAGGCUCCAUCUCCCCUCAUACCCGAUGACCUCUCGGAAGUUUUCGAUUCCCAUGAAGCAAAGUGCAAGCUCUGGAGCUCUCUCGAGUCAUGGUUCAUGACUCGAGGUUACUUCCUUUACCCCCGUGAUCCACACCUAACGAAUAUGCCCUCUACUACUACUGUGCAUGAUCUCUCUAGCGCACCCGUUCAUUUUCCCUAUGCCUAUGUCAUUGACGCCACUCCCAAAGGUCGCGUAUUCACAUCACAGGCCUAUGUGUUCAUAUCCAGAUGCACAUCUUUCCAGCAGUCAAUGAACAACAUCGAGACGUGAUUAUUAAAUUGCUUCGCAAUGACAGUCCUGAAUACAACGUCUACAAACAUAUUACGGCUGAAGACAUCCGUUCAGGUGACUCAAACACAAUUGUUCCUGUACUUGACCUUUUGAACCUGGAUGAUAUGUACUCUUUCGUCGUAAUGCCUCGGUUAGUUGCCCUCAUAUGCUUCAGCCUCAGUCCUAAUCCAUGUGUCAGAUGGGGAUCUGCGGCAGGUCUGCACAGAACUGGCUUUGAUUGUCUGAGAACGGUAUUCGACUUCUCUCUCUCUAUACUUAAGGCAUUGGCGUUCCUGCAUUCCAACCUCGUCGCUUACCGGGACAUCAAGAUUCACAAUAUACUAGUCAAUCUCUACAAUGGUGAUGCGGUGUAUGAUGAUUGUCGCGAAUUCUAUGCAUCACAGAAAGCAAGAUUCGUGUUGUGCGAUUUCGACCUCUCUGUCAUAUUUCCUCCGGACACGCCUCCUGCCGCACGAGUAUGCCCUGCAUCUGAGAGUGAUUGGGGCUCAUACAGAUAUCAUCCUCCAGAUGCAGCUGAUGGACAGACGGUCUAUGAUCCAUUUGCAUACGACGUUGCAUGUUUAGGCGGUCUUUUGUGUGAACUCAUCGGACACUUAACUCCGCUCGUCCCUAUGUUUGCACCCUUUUUGGAUCGCAUGAUCACGCCAAAUAUCGUAUCCCGCUAUACCGCUCUGGAAGCUCUGGAAGCACUCGAACGACUGAAGGCAAGCUUGGAUCCUGAAUAUCUAAACACUCCAGCAUCGCCGCCUCCUCAGCCUCCCAGCUAUGUGUGGCAGGCUUAUGAUAGAUGGGCCGACCUCCCUGAGGAUUUCGUCCGGGAGCACACUACCCCUGAAGGGCCAGUCCGGCCACGGAGAAAGGAGUUAGACGAUGACUGGAAUUCUUAUUUCGUUGAUUGGAAUGCUCCUAGUCUGAAUUAAUAGAGCAUGCUGAUGGUCUCCAGAUGAAUGCCUGCACUAGGCGCGAGGACGGUGGCUUUUCGAUUUCCCGUGAACUUUCUGGCUUCUGAUUAGGGCCCCCUUACAUACAGACUAUGAUAUUGGAAUAUAUGAUUUCUCGGGAUUCUGGUAGUACAGCAACUUUUCUCCUCAUCAACAUCGGACAGGAUCAGACUUUCUACAGUAGCAAGGAAUCACUCACUCGACUUCCGAUACUAAUACAAUGGUGUGUUAGAAGACCCUUGAUCGCAGCAGGAUGAACAAUCCGAUUAUCAAAACGUUGUCAGAAGGCCUCUUGCCGGAUCAACGAUUGGGCUGUUGAUACAAUGACAAUACAGAAGGACCCUGUGGCUCCUUGUGGGAGCACGACGAAUUUGGCAUAAUUGAGCAGCGUACUCAUGCUAGCUGUAUACUUGCAAUCGAUCUUCUCAUCGUUGCCGAUAGAAAUCGUAGAUCGCAAACUACUGUUAAAUCCUCCAAUAUCACUUGUUGGCAAGGAGC